GUUUUUGAGCUCAAGUAAUCAAACUGGAACCGCCUUCAUGUAUCGAUGUAUAUUUCAAGCCACUCCCACUCCCGUCUCUAAAUCGAUAAAACUGCAUAAAAGCUUGACUCAUCAAACUUGUUUUUUUAUUAACUAAUUGGAAACCUUUGCUUUUCCCGAUUCUCUCUGCUGAUGACGACAAUUGUCACAAAACACUCACAGAACACUCACAAAACACUCGCAAAACACUCACAGAACACUCACAGAACACUCACAUAACACUCACACAAUUUACAGCCUACCAUCGAUGCCGCUAACGUCUGCCGGUAAUCAGGAACACAAUUUAACAGACGAAGAUUUCCGGAUGGCUACAAUGCCGCCGCUGCCACCAUUGUCACCGGAUGCGGAGCCCAAUGGACCAAUGCCAAUUUCAAUGCCAAUGCCAAUUACGGCAUCAGAUGAGCAAAGUGCUCUGGAACACAAUGUAUCUAUGUCGCUGAUGUGGAGGUCACGUGCGCUGCAGGCAUCGACGCCACUGACAUCGUAUCGCAUCCAAUUGCCGGCCAUCGAUGAGGAGCCGCACCAACUGCAGCGACAAGGUGCCGGGACUCCGACAAUGGGACGUAUGCCUGACUUGAUCCAAGAGUUACAGGAAGAUGCAAUUGGAACAGCAUCAAUAAUUCUUCCACCCUUGCCGCGUGAUUGGGCCUCUAUUUUUCGACCACGCGAAGCAAUUCCAAAUUAUGCCGAGCAGCAACCAGGUCGCAGACGUCGACGCAGACGUCGAGCGGCAGGUGGGGGAGCAACAGCAGAAGCCGAAGGAGCGGCAGCAACAGCACGGACUACUCUCGAGCACAUAGAGGCUACCGAGCCACCGAGCAAUGAUGAAAUUGCGAUCGAAUUUUUGUCCAAUCUUUUCCAGACCGCCUGGGAACAGGCAGAGCCACCAACACUAAUGCAACAAGCGACGGCCGCCGUAGUCGAAGAUGUACCAGAGGCGACACAAAUGAGGGAAUCAGUUGUAGCAUUGCCCAUGAUGAGCCCAAAUGAGCUACCGGAAAGGCCCAUAGUGACGUCAAUUGAAUACAUUUACCAACCAGGAAUGGCAGCUCAGUACCAUCUCGCCGCGCAACCAGCAGCAAAUACUACGCCCAUCGAAUUUCAAAAUUCACCAAUAAUAACAACCACAAACGUUGGUCAGCCCAGCUCGAUGGAGGAGGAGGAACAGCUGUUGCAGCAGACACAGCAACAGCAGCAGCAGAUUAUUGAUCAAUCUAAUCGCUUAUCGGAAGAUCUCAGCUAUAUAGUGCAGCACAAGCACAUGCUGCGACUGAUGGUCGACCACCAGAAGCAACUAAGCGAUGAGCAGCAGCAGGAAGAUCGCCAACGCAAUUGUUGCAAUCAUGAUAACACCGAAGACGAUUCAAAUAAUAGCAAUACGGAGGAGAGCAACACUCAAUUUCGUUCAAUGCCUGCCCAAUAUACGUAUGAUCCGCAAAUUAUAUUGAAUAUGCCCGAGAUGAAGCGACGCGUCAUCCAUGACCUGAUGGCUGCCAUCAUCAUGCAGCCAACAGUAGACAUGCGUUCCAAUGACUUUAUCAAGACUCGCAUGGAGGCGGCAAUUGCAUUUCGAGUGCUGCUCGAUUUGAAGGCGGCCAACAUUGUUAGUCUUAGCGCUGAUGCUCGAUUUGCAUCGCUUCUUUAAGCUUACCUCUGGUUGAAAUACUUUUAAAAUCGAUUUAAUUUUUCUUUUUUAUUUUAGUUUUUAA